UCUGCGGCUCUCGCCAUGGCCACGGACGUCGAGCCCGGCCGGCGCCGCCGCUGCUGCGCGCAGGACACGCCCGAUGCUCCCAAGGUUCUGGAUUCCCGCGGUGACAGCGACGGCCCCCGCCGGGGCUCCCUCUGCGACCGGCACUGCGCUGCCAUCAACAACGUGCAGGGGGACCUGGGGGAGCUGGGCUGCCACCUGCACCGUCCCCGUGUCCCCCCAGCCACGUCCACCCCGUCCUGCUGCCAGCAGCACUCGGAGGAGGUGUGUGAGAGCUGCGUGGUGAAAACCACCCUGACCGCCGAGAAUGCUGUGGAGGCCAACAAGCUCUCCAACAACUACAAGUUUGGCUUCAAGAAGUGGAAGAGCCACGUGACGGAGCGGCCCUGGGAGGACCGGUCGGAGAUUGUCAAGGAGCUCUACUCUGACCUCAACGUCAUCCGAGGCUCUGGAGGGUCCACGCUGACGUGUGGGAACGUCCUUUACCUGCUGCUCUUUGGCUGGUGGCUCUCGCUCCUCUAUGUCCUCGUGGCUGCCGUGAUGUUCGUCACUGUCAUGGGGGCUCCUUAUGGGAGGCUCUGCUGGGACCUGGCUGGGUAUUUCCUCUGGCCCUUUGGCAAAGUGAUCCAGAAAGUGGAGGUGCCCAAAUCCCAUCAGGCGUGCGAGGCCGGCGUGGGGGAGAGCUCAGCCCUGCUCGGGGGUCCCACACCGCUCCGCUGGCGCCCACGGUGCUGGGUGGGCACCGGAUACUGGCAGCACGCCAGCACCGCGGUGUGGCUGUGCCUGGGCUACCCGCUGCUGGCACUGGCCCACGGGCUCGUGUGUGUCACCGCCUGGCUCCUCAUCGUCCUCAUCCCUGUGGCCAAGCUGAGCGCCCGCGCCACCUCCCGUGUCCUGCUGCUGCCCCCGGAGCGGGUGCUCAUCCAACACCUGAGGAUGACAGAGGUGCCUCUGGAGGGAGAGGUGAUUCUCUGCUGCUACCGCGCCGCCAACCCCUACUACUACAAAUACGCGGUGGACGGCAUCAACGUCUUUGCUGUCAACCUGCUGCCCCUGGUGCUGGUGACGCUGGUGCUGGGCUACGUGGACAGCCCCAACCACCUGACCGGCUCCGCCGUCAAGUUCACCUUGGCCCUGCUCUCCAUCAUGCCCCUCUCCUACUACAUCGGCAUGGCCAUCGCCAGCAUCUCAGCCCAGAGCAAUUUUGCGGUGGGGGCGGUGGUGAACGCCACGUUCGGCUCCAUCACCGAGCUCACCUUCUACAUCACCGCCCUCAUCAAGGGCUCGCGAGAGGGCAACCGCUGCUACGCCGAGGUGGUCAAGUCGGCGCUGACGGGGACACUGGUGGGCUGUGUCCUCUUUGUGCCGGGUCUGUGCAUGGUGAUCGGGGGCAUCCGGCACCAGGAGCAGCGGUUCAACAGCCGCUCUGCGGGCGUCAGCUCGGCCCUGCUCUUCCUCUCCGUGGGAGGUGUCUUUGCCCCAACGCUCUUCUCCAAGGUGUACGGGAAGCUGGUCUGUGGCGAGUGCCACAACGUCACCCAGAACCCGCUGGGCCACUACCUCUGCCACAACUGUCACUUUGACCUGAUGGACAACAACGGCACCCUCUACUACAGCCACGUCCAACCCCUGGUGUACACGGUGUCCAUCCUGCUCCCUGCUGCCUACCUCAUCGGGCUCUUCUUCACCCUCAAAACCCACACACACAUCUACGACAUCCACAUCAGCGACUGUCACAUGCCUGGCCACCACCACAGUGCCGUGGUCCACUGGUCCCGCUGGCGGGCCCUGGUCAUCCUCCUGCUCUCCACCCUCUGCAUGUCGGCCUGUGCUGACCUGGCCACGGAGCACAUCAGCCCCAUCCUCACCAACUCCACCAUCUCACAGUACUUCAUCGGUGUCACCGUGCUGGCAAUGGUGCCCGAGCUGCCAGAGAUUGUCAAUGGCAUCCAGUUUGCCCUGCAGAACAAUCUGAGCUUGAGCAUCGAGAUCGGGAACUGCAUUGCGGUGCAGGUCUGCAUGCUCCAGAUCCCCAUCCUGGUGCUCUUCACCAUCUUCUACCCAACCAACUUCACGCUGGUCUUCAGCGACCUCCACGUCUACGCCAGCAUGUUCAGCAUCGUGCUCAUGAACUACAUCUUCAUGGAUGGCAAAUGUGACUAUUUCCAAGGCACGGUGCUGGUGAUGGUUUACUUCAUCCUGCUGGCCGUGUAUUUCUUCGCCCCGUCGCCCAGUGGCUGCUGAGGUUUGGAUUCUCCUGUCUCCAACCCCCUCGUUGGGAUCAGCACCCAUUGUGACCUUUUCCAGAGUCUCAGGGACUUGGCCGGGCUGGCUCCGGGCUGGAAGCGCCGUUUCCCGAAGCUCCUGCUGCUGCUGGGCUCCCCUGUGGGCCUUCAGGGAUGGGAAGGGUGGUGGCAAUGGGAUGGCUCCCAGAAUGAGGAGCCUCAAAGCCAGAGCACAUCACACAGGCAUCUCCAGCCCACACUCGAGUGGCUGGAGGCAAAACUGUCCUUAGAGGAGGGUCUGGAAGGGAUUUCUGUGUGUCUCGAGGACAGCCCCCUCCCUGGGGAUGUGCUGCACUGGGAGGAGGUGCCUGAGAAGUCCCUCAUCCUCCCAGGCCUGCCAGGGGCCUGGGAAUCGCACACGGGAUGUUUGAUGGCACCAGAAAUGCACCCAAAGGUAUUUUCAGCUGUUUUGUCAUUAAAGCAGUUUUGUACAAAUCAGAAACAA